AUGCCAUCUGAUUUGAUGUUCCAAGGGGAUUUUUCCUUUGUGAACGUCGAUGCAACGAGUUUGAGCACCCUACCACACCGCCAGCAGGUAACGCGCCAUGUCCACGGCUAUCGUCGUUGGAAGAAGGGACAAGAUGCUCGCCGUCUUCGGGAAUCAUCCAGAUUCCACGAAACCAUUGAUCCUCAAUUCAAGUCUGUGAACUUAACUCCCAGCCGAGGCGUCCGAGAGGACAAUCCAUCCGAAACGGCUCAAAUACCUUUCCCAUCAAGCCCAGUUCGCAGCCUACCGCGGUUACUCGACCUCGUCCUGCUAAACGGCAACUCAGACCCUUUCGAUGUCCUCCCUGAGCAGCUUACAGCCACAGCGAAUUCGCUCCUCGCAUUUGAGAGGGACUGCGUCGUUCCUGCGGUCAGGGAACUCGAACUGCGUAUGGUAGCGAAAGAGAAUGUUCCUAGGCAACCUGCGUUCACUGAGACGUGGAUCACCGAGAGCAAAGCCUAUCUGUAUGACAGCAUCGCAAUCCACAGCUAUCUGUCACGAAUCGCCGCCAGCAGGUACAUGAUCACGUCGAGUCCAGAAUAUCUCGACGCAUCACGCAAAUUCCGGCACAAGGGAGUGGCUUCCCUGAAAGAAUACAUGACCACUACCUCUCGCAUCAACAUUCUCCGACUUUAUCGUGCCCUCUUGAUCCUGCUCUUGGCCGACAGUUCCUUAGGAGAUAGACAAGCCCUCUAUCAGCACGUUACGGUCCUGAAGGAUAUCUUUGCAACGCACCAUGCCGUACUCUUUGCAGAUCCAUCAUUCAACCUCCACCACUAUAUCAGUGUAAUAUACCUCGAAGUUCAGUUUGCUGUCAUGAACUUCUCGAGAACAUCUCUUGACGUGGGUCCAAAUGGGUGGGUCGAAAAACAAUUCUUACCGUUGUGGGAGCAUGUCUCUCCACGCUUUCCGAUAUCGAGAUCGGAGGCAGACCACAACUUAGAUUCCUACCUGAAAGGCGACAUCCGUACUCUGUACCUUGAUGCUCAAGAGACCCUCGAUAUCAUAAUGAGAAUUCGCAGGCACACACCUUUGGAUACUUCCCAGACCUGGGUUUAUGCCAUGUCAAAAAUCAUACUGACGGCUGGGAGACUGAUGAACCUUUAUGCACACCUCGACGUCCAACCCAUUCUUUGCCAAAGUGACCGAAUCACAGUGUCCUCCAUAUUGCAGAAACUUGAACUGGCUUCUGCCAGCCUCUGUGCAAUAUACUGGCUCCGUGAACUGGGUGGGAUUGAGAGUAUCUCCAUGACAGAGCACAUGAGGUUAUUCACGUGGAAUCCGGUGAUGCUAUGCAAACUUCGUCAGAUACUUACGAUUUAUGAAGCUGCCCACCUGGACACACCAGAAGAACAAGAUCACUCUGGGCGACUCCCGCUCUUGCUGUGGUUUCUGUGGACUGGGGCAAUGGUAGAAAAUUCCAUAUCGAGUCCUACUGUCUCAGCAACUGAAAACGAGAACUGGUUCAUACGGCGAUUUUCCGAUCUUGUGAGAAAAGCAGGAAUCGAGUCCGCGUCGCACUGCCAGUCCAUUCUGGACCAUAUACUUCGAUUGCACGGCAUGAGACCAAGCUCUGGGGAUGGGUGGACCGCAAGUUGUUUCUCGCCGGCGGAGGAGCCAUGA